AUGACAGAUUGCAGCCUGCGAGCGCAGGUGUGGAAGAUCUUGCUGCGGGUGCCGGCGGUCGACGUCGCCCAGUACGCGGCGUUGGUGGGGAAGGGAGCCUUCAAGGGGCGCGACUCAGAGGAGUACAAGCAGAUCCGCAAGGACGUCGGUCGCACGGGCUUCCGCAAGAACCCGGCCUUCACGAAGCGAGUGCCCGACGCCAAGCUCUCACGCGUUCUCAACGCCCUCCUGCACAGUUGUGAGAGCGAAGGCAUCGGCUAUGUGCAGGGACUGAACAUAGUGGCCAGCGUGUUUCUCUACGUGAUGCCCGAGAUCGAUGCCUUCUUCACGCUGCGCCAGUUCAUCACACACCACUGCCCGCUUUACUACAAGAAGACACAGAAAGGCGAGAAGAAGGAACCACCAAAAGAGGGCGAGGAUAACCACAGCCGUUCGUGGGCAGUUGACGCGGCCCUCUACCUGCUCGACCAGUGCCUCCAGGUUGUCGACCCUGGUCUCCAUCACCAUCUCAAACACUUCACCACUCACCUCUACCUCUACACUCAAUACAUCUACUCUUUCAACGCCAUCGUGCCACUGGAAUCGGGCACGUCUCUCGACGAAGUGGUGAAGCUGUGGGACUUCAUGUUCGCAUUCGGCGCGCACCUCAACAUCCUCUUCACCGUCGCCCGGGUGAUCAAGGCCAGAGAAGAGAUCUUGCACAAGAAGGACAAGAACAUCAACGUGCCUCAGCUGAUCGGCAACUUCGACGCCGACAUCAUCAUCGACCUCACAGUGCACUUUGUGCGACUCAUCCCACUCGAACUGUAUCAAAAGCUUGUCCUCCACACCACCGAAGAGCUCGACUUUUCCUCCUAA